AGUGUGGCGGUAGGUGACAGGGAGGGUGCGGUAAGUAAACCCGGUUAGUGACAGACAGGGGGCGGUAGGUGACAGGCGGUUGGUGGCCGCAUCUCACGGACCAUCAGGGAACUUCCGGCAUCACAUGACCUGAUCACAUGACCCGCGAUAUCAUAGCCACGCCCACUCCGUGGCAAUUUGCCGCUUCCUGUACCACGUGACCGGUGACGUCAGCGAAGUUCCUGGUAAUUGAAUGGGAACUUCCAGCCACUGAGUGAGAGAGACAAGAUGGAAGAGCGAAAUAUCCUGAUUCUGUUCGGGAGUCAGACAGGAACUGCCGAAGACGUGGCGGAGCGAAUCUGCAGAGCGGCGAAGAGGCGGCACUUUAUUUGCCGAAUGGAAUCUCUGGACAGCUACAGUGUGGUAAACCUUAUAAACGAGCCGCUAGUUGUUUUUGUCUGCGCAACCACAGGACAAGGGGACCCUCCAGACAAUAUGAAGAAUUUUUGGAGAUUUAUUUUUAGGAAGAAUCUACCCCAGAACUCCUUGUGUCGGAUGGAUUAUGCUGUGCUAGGACUUGGCGAUUCCUCGUACCCAAAAUUUAACUUCGUCGCCAAAAAGCUCCACAAACGUCUGGCUCAGCUCGGAGCCAAUCCCAUCCUACCGGUAGCCCUCGGUGACGAUCAGCAUGAACUGGGACCUGGUGCAGUAGUGGAUCCGUGGCUACAAGAUCUGUGGAGAAAGGUUCUCUACUUAUACCCACUUUCUCCUGGACUGCAUGUAGUCAGCGAUGAUGUUAUGCUGCCAGCUAAGUUCUCUCUCCGAUUCCUGAACAACGUUUUGGCCCCAGAAGACAGUAGCAGAGAUAACAUUCCAAGGACCAGGAUUCCUGAAGGAGAAACCCCCUCUGAGCUGAAUCCGUUCCUGGCUCCCAUUUUAUCCAAUGAACAUGUGACAUCAGAAGAUCAUUUCCAAGAUGUGCGACUCAUCGAGUUUGACAUCACAGGCUCCGGGAUCGAUUUUUCUCCCGGGGACGUGGUGAUGAUCCAACCACAGAACUCCCCCGAGCAUGUACAGCAUUUCUGUAGUCUGUUGCGGUUGGACCCAGAUAGGCAAUUUGUGCUGGAAGCCAAGGAUUCAUACACUGCAAUCCCAGCGAACCUGCCGCAGCCAUGCACAGUGCGAUAUCUGGUGGAGCGGUAUCUGGAUAUCUGCUGUGUCCCUCGCUGUUCCUUCUUUGAGCUUUUGUCCAAUUUCUCUCUAGACGAGCAGGAGCGGGAGAAGUUGAAGGAGUUUAGUUCUGCUGCUGGCCAGGAGGAACUCUAUGCUUAUUGUAACCGCCCACGGCGCACCACGCUGGAGGUUCUACAGGACUUUCCUCAUACAACCUGCAGCAUUCCUCAUGACUAUCUGCUAGACCUCAUCCCUCGUAUCCGUCCGCGAGCUUUCUCCAUUGCCUCUUCCAUACAGGCGCAUCCCAACAUAAUCCAGAUCCUCAUGGCCGUGGUACAGUACAGAACCAGACUACAGGAGAGCCGGCGUGGCUUGUGCUCUACGUGGCUGGCGUCUCUCCGGCCACAAGAGGGGGAGACUCGGGUCCCUCUCUGGGCAAAGAAAGGCAGCAUGAAAUUUCCGUGUGACGCAGAUAUCCCAUUGGUGAUGGUUGGACCUGGAACUGGAGUUGCCCCAUUCCGUUCAGCCAUACAGGAGAGGUCUGCCCGCAGUGCAGCAGGUAACUAUUUGUUUUUUGGGUGCCGCAACAAAUCGAAAGAUUUCUAUUUCCAACAAGAAUGGGAUGGUCUGGUGAAAAGAAAUAUUCUGACGCUGUUCACCGCUUUCUCUCGUGACCAGGAUGAUAAAAUAUACGUGCAACAUCAGAUAAAGGCAAAUGGACCUCUUCUGUGGGAUUUACUCAGCAAGAAACAUGGCUAUUUCUACAUUGCUGGAAAUGCUAAGUCGAUGCCUGGAGAGGUAACGGACGCCUUGAAGUCUAUAUUCUGCUCAGAAGGUGGGAUGUCGCCUGUCGAAGCUGAAGAGUACCUGGUCCAGCUUGAGAAAUCUCGCCAUUUUCAAUCUGAAACCUGGUCAUAAACCCUCGUUAUCCCCCUCAAACUACAGGACCAAAUUAGCGAGUUCUGAUGGCCGACACUAAGCGUUAUUAAAAAAAGAAACACAAUAUUUUAUCAUUAUUUAAGCCUUUCUGGCAGAUUGUCAGAUAUCUCGUGUUACAUUAUUGAUAAAAUAAACUGCGUUAGAAUUAAACAAAGCAUCAGAUUGACGUGA